AUGUCACCUCUGCUGACUCGUCAAUUGAAAGCAACGUCAGCUGAGAGGUCUGAAGAGUCGUCCAUUGAGUCUUAUGAGACCAGCUCCGCCGAAUCCUCUAUUGAAAGGACGUCAGCUGAGAGGUCUGAAGAGUCGUCCAUUGAGUCUUCUGAGACCAGCUCCGCCGAAUCCUCUAUUGAAAGCACGUCAGCCGAGACGUCUGAAGAGUCGUCUAUUGAGUCUUCUGAUGUCACCUCCGCCGAAUCCUCUAUUGAAAGCACGUCAGCUGAGACGUCUGAAGAGUCGUCUAUUGAGUCUUCCGAUGUCACCUCCGCCGAAUCCUCUAUUGAAAGCACGUCCGCUGAGACGUCUGAAGAGUCGUCCAUUGAGUCUUCUGAGACCAGCUCCGCCGAAUCCUCUAUUGAAAGGACGUCAGCCGAGACGUCUGAAGAGUCGUCCAUUGAGUCUUAUGAGACCAGCUCCGCCGAAUCCUCUAUUGAAAGCACGUCAGCUGAGAGGUCUGAAGAGUCGUCUAUUGGUAGUUCCGAUGUCACCUCUGCUGACUCGUCAAUUGAAGGCACGUCAGCUGAGACGUCUGAAGAGUCGUCCAUUGAGUCUUCUGAGACCAGCUCCGCCGAAUCCUCUAUUGAAAGGACGUCAGCUGAGACGUCUGAAGAGUCGUCCAUUGAGUCUUAUGAGACCAGCUCCGCCGAAUCCUCUAUUGAAAGCACGUCAGCUGAGAGGUCUGAAGAGUCGUCCAUUGAGUCUUCUGAUGUCACCUCCGCCGAAUCCUCUAUUGAAAGCACGUCAGCCGAGACGUCUGAAGAGUCGUCCAUUGAGUCUUAUGAGACCAGCUCCGCCGAAUCCUCUAUUGAAAGCACGUCAGCUGAGAGGUCUGAAGAGUCGUCCAUUGAGUCUUAUGAGACCAGCUCCGCCGAAUCCUCUAUUGAAAGCACGUCAGCUGAGAGGUCUGAAGAGUCGUCCAUUGAGUCUUAUGAGACCAGCUCCGCCGAAUCCUCUAUUGAAAGGACGUCAGCUGAGAGGUCUGAAGAGUCGUCCAUUGAGUCUUAUGAGACCAGCUCCGCCGAAUCCUCUAUUGAAAGCACGUCAGCUGAGACGUCUGAAGAGUCGUCCAUUGAGUCUUCUGAGACCAGCUCCGCCGAAUCCUCUAUUGAAACCAGGUCAGCUGAGACGUCUGAAGAGUCGUCCAUUGAGUCUUAUGAGACCAGCUCCGCCGAAUCCUCUAUUGAAAGCACGUCAGCCGAGACGUCUGAAGAGUCGUCCAUUGAGUCUUAUGAGACCAGCUCCGCCGAAUCCUCUAUUGAAACCACGUCAGCUGAGACGUUUGCAGAGUCGUCCAUUGACUCUUCUGAUGUCACCUCCGCCGAAUCCUCUAUUGAAACCACGUCAGCUGAGACGUCUGAAGAGUCGUCCAUUGAAUCUUCCGAUGUCACCUCCGCUGACUUGUCAAUUGGAACCGCGUCAGGCGAGACGUCUGAAGAGUCGUCCAUUGACCCUUAUGAGACCAGCUCCGCCGAAUCCUCUAUUGAAACCACGUCAGCUGAGACGUCUGAAGAGUCGUCUAUUGAGUCUUCCGAUGUCACCUCUGCUGACUCGUCAAUUGAAGGCACGUCAGCUGAGACGUCUGAAGAGUCGUCCAUUGAGUCUUCUGAGACCAGCUCCGCCGAAUCCUCUAUUGAAAGGACGUCAGCCGAGACGUCUGAAGAGUCGUGCCUUGAGUCUUCUGAGACCAGCUCCGCCGAAUCCUCUAUUGAAAGCACGUCAGCUGAGACGUCUGAAGAGUCGUCUAUUGAGUCUUCUGAUGUCACCUCCGCCGAAUCCUCUAUUGAAAGCACGUCAGCUGAGAGGUCUGAAGAGUCGUCCAUUGAGUCUUAUGAGACCAGCUCCGCCGAAUCCUCUAUUGAAAGGACGUCAGCUGAGAGGUCUGAAGAGUCGUCCAUUGAGUCUUCUGAUGUCACCUCCGCCGAAUCCUCUAUUGAAAGCACGUCAGCCGAGACGUCUGAAGAGUCGUCCAUUGAGUCUUCUGAGACCAGCUCCGCCGAAUCCUCUAUUGAAACCACGUCAGCUGAGACGUCUGAAGAGUCGUCCAUUGAGUCUUAUGAGACCAGCUCCGCCGAAUCCUCUAUUGAAACCACGUCAGCUGAGACGUCUGAAGAGUCGUCCAUUGAGUCUUCUGAGACCAGCUCCGCCGAAUCCUCUAUUGAAACCACGUCAGCUGAGACGUCUGAAGAGUCGUCCAUUGAGUCUUCUGAGACCAGCUCCGCCGAAUCCUCUAUUGAAAGCACGUCAGCCGAGACGUCUGAAGAGUCGUCCCUUGAGUCUUCUGAGACCAGCUCCGCCGAAUCCUCUAUUGAAACCAGGUCAGCUGAGAGGUCUGAAGAGUCGUCCAUUGAGUCUUAUGAGACCAGCUCCGCCGAAUCCUCUAUUGAAAGCACGUCAGCUGAGAGGUCUGAAGAGUCGUCCAUUGAGUCUUCUGAGACCAGCUCCGCCGAAUCCUCUAUUGAAACCACGUCAGGCGAGACGUCUGAAGAGUCGUCCAUUGAGUCUUCCGAUGUCACCUCCGCCGAAUCCUCUAUUGAAAGCACGUCAGCUGAGACGUCUGAAGAGUCGUCUAUUGAGUCUUAUGAGACCAGCUCCGCCGAAUCCUCUAUUGAGAGCACGUCAGCUGAGACGUCUGAAGAGUCGUCCAUUGAGUCUUAUGAGACCAGCUCCGCCGAAUCCUCUAUUGAAAGGACGUCAGGCGAGACUACUGAAGAGUCGUCUAUUGAGUCUUCUGAUGUCACCUCCGCCGAAUCCUCUAUUGAAACCACGUCAUGCGCGACGUCUGAAGAGUCGUCCAUUGAGUCUUCUGAGACCAGCUCCGCCGAAUCCUCUAUUGAAAGCACGUCAGCUGAGACGUCUGAAGAAUUUUCGGUUGGAGGUUCAGGUCAAUCUUCAACUUUAAGUAGUAGUUUAUCCAGUUAUUUGCUAGGUUCUUUUACGAAAUCGAUUGAUUUAGUUUCUAGUUCAAACGUCGAGUCCGUCCAUUUAUCGAGUACGUACAAUUCUUCUUUGAGUGCUUCAUUUAUUUUAAGUUCUUCACAUGUGGAAUCCAGUACUUCUAAGUUGGCAUUGUCUACUGCUAUUGAAUCAUCUAGUACAUCCGAUGAAGCUAACUACACUUCUGCAUUAUAUUCAAAUAUAACAAGUUUAUCAAUAACGUCUAAAUCUUCUGAUUAUUCAGAUCUUUCUAAAAUUAGUUCUGAAAUAUCAACCCCUGAAAUGAACAUCUCUGAAACAAAUGAAUCUGUGUCAAACACCUCAGUUACCUCUGAUGACAAAUCAAACAACAAUUCAAUUACGACCUCCGAAUUUAUGAAUAAUUCAACUAUUUCCUUUGAUACAAAUAUUCGUUCAAGCUCCUACAUAUUAUCAAGUAGUGCAGAAACCAAUCAUGAAGAUGCCAAUCCAACAUAUUCUUCUCCAACGAUAACUACCGAUAGUUUAGAUGCUUCGACAAAAGUAGAAUGUGCCCCAUAUACUAGUUUGGAAUCAUUUUACAGAUCAAUCAAUCGUGAUCUACUGGAAACUACUAAAUAUACUGACACCCUUGGAAGUCAACAUUCUUCGACAGAAAUAUAUGAUUCUUUGGCAUCAUAUACCUCCAUAACUACAUCUACCAUUUCGAUACCUAUCCAUUUUACCUCUAUUAUUGUAACUGGUACUGAAGACAUCACUGCCGUGGUGUCUUUUUACAUUUCAACAAACUCUAAUGGAGAAAGCUAUUUGGAUUCAACAAUUUACACUUUGAGUACAGAUAAAUCAUAUUCUUCAAGCGACAUUACUAUGACUAGUUCUACUAUUACCUACAGUACCUCUACUGACAGUACCUCUACUGACAGUACCUCCACUGACAGUACUGCCACCUCCACUGACAGUACUGCCACCUCCACUGACAGUACUGCCACCUCCACUGACAGUACCUCUACUGACAGUACCUCCACUGACAGUACCUCCACCUCCACUGACAGUACCUCCACUGACAGUACCUCCACUGACAGUACCUCCACUGACAGUACCUCUACUGACAGUACUGCCACCUCCACUGACAGUACCUCCACUGACAGUACCUCCACUGACAGUACCUCCACUGACAGUACCUCCACCUCCACUGACAGUACCUCCACUGACAGUACCUCCACUGACAGUACCUCCACUGACAGUACCUCCACUGACAGUACUGCCACCUCCACUGACAGUACUGCCACCUCCACUGACAGUACCUCCACUGACAGUACCUCUACUGACAGUACUGCCACCUCCACUGACAGUACCUCCACUGACAGUACCUCCACUGACAGUACUGCCACCUCCACUGACAGUACCUCCACUGACAGUACCUCUACCGAUAGCACGGAGACCUCCUCUUCGAAUUCUAGUCCCUCUAUUGAUCAGACAGACAAAUUUACCACUUCUAGCUCUUUAAGUAGUUACGCCGAAGGUAAUUCAAACUUACAUGUAUCUGUAACUAAAUCAUUAUCUUAUACUACCGGCUACACUGUCAGUUUGAUUACCGUUACAGACACAACUGGUAGUAUUAUCACUUUGACUACUACUGUUCCAUGUGACAGCUCUUCAAGUUCUGAUGCAAUGACCACAUCUACAUCCGAUACAAGUAGCUACACUGUCAGUUUAAUUACUGUUACAGACACAACUGGCAAUAUUAUCAUUUUGACUACUACUGUUCCAUGUAACAACUCUUCAACUUCUGCUCUGGACACUAGUGUCGUAACUUCUUAUUCUAAGAGUGGAACGAUUACGAAAUCUGGUUAUUCUACGAUAUAUUCUAAUAAAAAACAUUCAACCACACCGGUACCAUCCAAUAGAGACACAAUCAAUGUCCAUGAUGAUAAAGGUACAAAUACAGAAUUGAAUGAAAAUUCUAGCUCCAUUAUGAGUUCCAUAACCUCACUUUUGAAUAAUAACUCCAAACUAGGCAACCCGCUGGAGAAUCUAACAACUUCUAAAUCAACAAGCUCUUCUUAUUUCUAUGAAAGCCAUUCCGCUGCAAGCAUGAUGUCUUUAAGUGAAAUAAACAAUUUAUCGACACAAAUUUCUUCUGUCACCCAUUCCAUGGAGUUAGCAAAAUCGUCAGCAUCAGAUGUAUGGAGCACAAGUUCAUAUACAACACAUUUUGAAACAGCUUCUGUGGGUCUAUCAUCUUACGAGGGUUCUGCAGAAGCUAUUUAUGCCAAGAGAUCUCUAUCUAGUUUUGCAUUAAUACCUUUAUUACUGUUGUUCGUGUGA